ACGCGCUGAGGAUGUGGGCAGGAAACGCCAUGCAACAGCAGAGGAGCGAUCACGCUUCCCAGCAGCGUUGCACAAUACAGCGCCACCAAAAUGUGCUUUAAUGUGCCCCGCUGAUGUCCAGGAGCGGUCACUCUCCUCGGAUCUGCGCUCCGCGGCCCUUACGCAGCAGGCUAGGAGGAUUUGCCGGCGUGGGAUUUGACUCCUAUCCGAGCCAGAGGGCUCCCUUUCCAGCCUGCUCGGUUUGAAAACAUCGGGGCUGGUCAGCGGGUGGGAGAGAGAGAGAGAGAGAGAGAGAGAGGAGGCUUCGUCGCGGAAAAAAAAGGAGGUGUCUCCCUUUUUUUCUUCCCCCCCUCCACCCCAGCCAUGAGGGAGUACAAAGUGGUUGUUUUGGGGUCGGGUGGAGUCGGCAAAUCUGCGCUGACGGUCCAGUUCGUGACGGGUUCCUUCAUCGAGAAGUACGACCCCACGAUAGAGGAUUUCUACAGGAAGGAGAUCGAGGUGGACUCGUCCCCGUCGGUGCUGGAGAUCCUGGACACGGCGGGGACCGAGCAGUUCGCCUCCAUGCGAGACCUGUACAUCAAGAACGGGCAGGGCUUUAUUUUGGUCUACAGCCUGGUGAACCAGCAGAGCUUCCAGGACAUCAAGCCGAUGAGAGAUCAGAUCAUCCGGGUGAAGAGGUACGAGAGGGUGCCCAUGAUCCUGGUGGGGAACAAGGUGGACCUGGAGGGGGAGCGAGAGGUGUCUUCCGGGGAAGGCAAGGCGCUGGCCCAAGAGUGGAGCUGCCCCUUCAUGGAAACUUCAGCCAAAAAUAAAGGGUCGGUCGACGAACUGUUUGCAGAGAUCGUGAGACAGAUGAACUAUUCAACUGUUCCCAGCGGCGGCGACCAGUGCUGCUCAUGCGUCCUGCUCUAAACAAAACAAACGUACAGAAAAGUUGCGCAUCCGGGCUGAGUUUUGAGCUUCUAAGUUGUCCUGCAAGCUUUCUCGUUUUUCUUUCUUUUCUUUCUUCUUCUUCUUCUUUUUUUUAAAAAAAAAAGGUAUUCUCUGUCCUCCUCACACUGUUGUCUUAUUGUUGCACACAAACCGAAAAAAUCGAACGACGACAACAAUCGAUUAAUGUAUUAUAGUCUGGAAAAGUGUUUACAUGACAAAGUACUUGAAUGUUUUGGGAUUUUUUUAUAUAGCUUUGUAUAUGACACUUCUCUGGAAACGUGCCUCAAUGGGAAUGUCUUAUUGUGAAACCUAAGAGACACUUCUGGUUAUAUUUGGUGUUUCUUUUUUAGUUUUCAUUGCUCCUUGUUGGGGAGUGCUGUUAUAUCUUCUGGGCUGGGUCCUCUCUGAGAUUACCUACAGUGGUGGUGGUGGUGGUGGUGGUGGUGUUGGUAGGUGGUGGUGAGGAUGUCAAAUCCUCAGGCAGGUGGAGAUUGUCACCUCUUGAAAGGGCCUAUUUAAAAAAAUAUAUAUAUAUAAGUAAAUGAAAUCUGUCUGAAAAUCAUCAGUCGCCACCUGAGCCUUGCACAGGUGACUUAUUUCAUCCCUCCAUGUGUGAUCCGAGAGGCGCAGACCCGCCCGCUAGGAUACUGUAUUUUUGAAGCUGUGGACUGUGGUGGAGUUGUGUUAUGCCAACCAUAUUUCAGUUUCUCCUCCCCCCCAUCCCCCCCCCCCCUCCUCCUCCUCCAGUGGAUUUAUCAUGGAACUUGCGCUGAGCUGACGGUGUCCCUCCUCAGUGUGCACAAACGAGGACCUUAGUGCAUUGCUGUCGCUGCAUGGGGGAGAAUGCCACGACCCCCAUGUCAAGUGCCUUCCUAAGAAAAUCUCCUGUGACUGUGCCAACUGAUGAGCCCUACUUCCUCUGCAGUGCGUCUUGAUGGCAAUCAAAACUUUCUUUUUUUUUUUUUUUUGCAGAUUUCCGUUCACGCUCUUCUUUUGUUUGGUGUGUCAAAAGCGAGAAGCGCCUCUUCCUAUUUCACUGUUAGGAAGUUUUGUAAUAGACCUGCUGUUUCAGGGUCAGAUUCAGGCCGUUUCUCCAGGUACUCGUCCAGCAAGAACAACUGAUUAUCUACUGGGAUUUAUUGUUAUUAUUAUUAUUAAUUAUUUUAUUUUUUCUUUGGUUCAGUGAAUGGCAAGCCAUGUCUGUACGUUUUUAUCUAGAAUUUUUCUUUUCUUUUUCUAAAAUGUGACUUUUGUUUUUGUUGACUUAACCAUAAUUGUAAUUCUCCCUUUGGAACAAAUCUUCUACCAUCUACCUGUCAGUUUGAAAGACUUGUAAUACAAAAAAAAACAACAAAAAAACGCAUUUUACGUAA